AUGGGGUCCUGGUGGCUUAGCAUGUGGAGUUUCAUAUCAGCGAUAUUCAGCAUGAUGCUGGAUGUUGCACAGUACUGGGAACAAACGCUCCUAUCAUGGUGGACCUCCAAGUCUCCUCGAUCCCAACUAUUCCAUACGCUCGAAACAGCGACCAAUUACGAGCAGUGGGAAAGCGCGGCGUUUGACCUGGAUGAGCUUCUAAACAAGGACCUUUGGCGUCAGAAUAAUAUCAGUAGACACUAUGACCACCGAUUGAUUUUGGGACGACUGGAAUCGUUGAUGCUCUCGCGAGAAAGUGAGAAUAUUCAGACGCUGGCUAACCUCCUUCGAUCCGGACUCGUGCGCAACUUGGGCAACAUCACGUCUACGAAAUUGUUCACGCAUGCGUACGCGGGCACGAAGCUUUUGAUAGACGACUACAUUACACAGGUCGCGCUGUCUAUUCAAUAUGUUACCUCGCUUCAGCCGGUGCCUGGGCAUGCCAAUGGGUUCACGUCGCAGGCGAAGCUAGAGCUGCUGCAUGAUACACGACAAGCUUUUGGACGUACAACCCUGCUGCUGCAAGGCGGGUCGGCGUUCGGACUGUGUCAUUUGGGUGUUGUGAAGGCAUUGCAUCUGCAAGGACUUUUGCCUCGAAUAAUUACAGGGACCGCUACGGGUGCUAUGAUUGCAGCUCUAGUCGGUAUCCACCCGGAGAGCGAGCUGCUUGGGUUACUAGAAGGAGAUACAAUAGAUUUGUCUGCUUUCGAUCGGCGGUGGAAAGGUCAUAUCAAUGGGUCAUCGGCUAACAAAGCUGAAGGUUGGUUCAGGACCUUCUUUCGGCGGGUGAAGCGAUUCCUCCAAACGGGUCACUUGUUUGACAUGGAGCUGCUGGAGGAAUGUGUGCGAGCCAAUGUCGGAGACUUGACCUUUGAAGAAGCAUAUGCUCGGUCGAAGCGCAUCUUGAACAUCACGGUGGCUACGGCAGGUAAGACAGGUACACCGAACCUGCUUAAUUACCUCACCGCACCGAAUGUGUUGAUCUGGUCUGCUGCUGCUGCUUCCAACGCUUCAUCAUUCUCUAGACGUUCAUUGCCCGUGACAAUCUACUGCAAAGAUGAGACAGGAUCCAUCAUGCCUUGGCCACAUGCACAAGACGCUGUCUUCCAACCAUGGCGACAUGUCCACUAUAAUGAAGGCGAAUCACCCCUCGGUCGAAUCGCCGAGCUCUUCAACGUGAACCAUUUCAUCGUCUCGCAAGCCCGUCCAUACUUAAUCCCAUUCUUACGAUCAGAACUCAAUCUUCUCGAUCGCCGCCAAACCGGUUGGAACAACCUUUCCCGAUCACUCAUGCGACUGAUCUUAGUGGAGCUGCGCCACCGCCUCCGACAACUGGACUAUCUGGGCCUCCUCCCAGGCUCAGUCAGUCGUCUCUUAAUCGACGAAACCAUCCCAGGCCCAAACCUGACUCUUGUUCCCGAUCUGUCGUUUUCAGAUCUGGGCCGCCUCUUCCAACAACCUACGCGAGCACAAGUCGCAGAAUGGACUCUGAAAGGCGAGCGAGGUGUCUGGCCCGCCGUUAGUGCAUUGAAGGUCCGUGAGGCUAUCGAGAUCGAGCUGGAUAGGGGCUACCAAAUCGUUCGUCGGCGGAGGCCAAGUGAUCAAGCUCUUCCUCCGCCGAUACGCCCAUCUCCAAAUGAAGGUGUCUCUCGUCGAAGACGGGUAGAGGGCGAAACUGAAUGCGAGAAAGGCCAGGUCGCUGAAGGACUAUAA